CUCAAAGUUUUGUAGAAACCAGGACACAUGUUGGCUUAUGUGUCAGAUAACGUGGCUUUGCAUUCAAAGAUACCGGAGGCUGAUCCAUCGUGGAAUAUUUGGGACAAAAACGAAGAAAAUAUUUGGGAAUUUCGCCAAGUCUCGAUGCAAUGUAAUGAUGAUUAUGACGUAACAUGGCCCGAAGAAUUCUCUUGUUUCGAUAACAAAGAAUCAUUAUGCAGUAAUAAUUGCGUGGAGCAGGAUACAGAUAUGAAAAUAGAGCCAGUGGGAGUUGUAUCACCUACGCUUCCUCAUGCAGUGGAUGGAAGUGCCGGCGUGGAUUGUGAGGUUUUAUUGGAAACUAACAUCACCAUGGAUCAUACACAUAAUCAAUGUGGAGAUGGAAAAAAUCUUCCAAGUUACGAAUCUGCUGUGAUGGAACUCCCUGAAUACCGGGAACGUCAUUUCGCGACCAAGCCUCACGAUAUCGGCGAGAUGAGCACAUUGCAGUACAUGCCAGCGCACCACCAAGCCAGCUUUAGUUACCCCUACCCAAGCUACGCUGUUGUAUCACCGGUCCCAGGCAAGGACGAAACUAGUUGUUUACCGCCUCUACUUCACCACUCGAUGGUGCAAGAAACUUUCCCGCCGAUUAUUUCAAGCCCAGGUUUUCAUCCAAGAAGUCCAGACCAAAAACAGGAGCGCCCGUUUAAAAGUCACCUUCAUGCAACUUACUCGUCUCCUGCCAGCCUUGAGAGCGCCCGAAGCCCGCAGCCGCAGUUAGAAACCCCGAUCCCAUACCCGACAUAUUUCCCACAAACUUCCCGAUCGCCGAACCAACUUAAUCCAUUCUACGAAGCGAAAGGCGACACCGAGGAUCAUUAUAACUACAACCCCCAACCUACAGUUAAAAUAGAACCGUUCUCUCCACCCCAGCAAGAUUAUACGUCAUCAGUGACGUCAGUGUUCCCACCAUUACGUAGCAGUCCAGCUAUGACUCAGCAGGAAUUAGAAUACAGUGAGUUUGUUGCUCAAUGUAACCAAUCGACUCCUGGCCCAAGCUACCAAGCAGAUCAUGGCAUUGUGUUGAAUGGUGAGGUUCAUCUUCGUAUCCAGCAAACCUAUCUUCCACAAAGCGAAGUUUUCCACGAGAAUUACAACCGACAACAGGAACAAGAAUUCAUUCCAAGAUCAGACGAAAAGUAUCCACCAACAUUUGGAUCAAGCCACAUCCAACUGUCGACUCCUUUUGUUCAACCUCCCCCACCCUACAAUGAUCACAAUGGGGGAAUUCCCGAUCAUCACUUCCAACCGAGUGUGUUUACUCCCCAGUUCACCCCUGACGCUAGAUGUCGUAGCCAGCCUACUAGGGGUAAAGGUAGAUCAGCCAAACGACCUAGUCGAGUGUUACCCCAAGAUCGACCGUAUGCGUGCCCAAUGCAAGGAUGCGAUAAAAAAUUUUCAAGAACCGAUGAAUUGAAUCGCCAUGUUCGUAUUCAUACCGGUGUGAAACCAUUCACGUGCCCAGAAUGCCAACGUAGAUUCUCACGAAGUGAUCACUUACGUACCCAUACCCGCACCCACACCGGUGAAAAACCAUAUAACUGCAAGAUUUGCAGCAAAAGAUUUGCAAGAAGUGACGAAUGCAAACGACAUACAAGAAUCCAUAACAAAGUUAAAACAAAGAAGCUGAUUAUGACGUCACCAAAACAAAGAACUGUUACGUCACAAGUUGAAACAAUGACAACUAUGACGUCACAUCACCCUGGUUACCCAAGUGGUUCUAUGACGUCACUAUCCGUAGACAAUGCGAUGCAGCAAUCGUGUUUCACUUACCAAUGACAUCAUUUCCGCUUUAAAUUAUGUAUAUUAUGACGUAAUAAGAUGUAUUCUGCUAUUGUGACGUCACAUACCGUUGAUCGGAAAUUAAAUAAAUGUUUAUGAACUGUGA